CCUCGUCUCUCCAUCUUGACACCCUAUCAUCAACCAUUGCGACACAGCGCUCUCUUGCGCCUAAAAACACAUCGAUUAUUCGCAAUGCCACCAAAAGCAUCCUCCACCACGCAGCGCGGCCGCAGUCGCCCAAAGAGGGCUGCCGCAGCUCCAGCUCCUGCGCCCGUCGCAAACGACACCCCGAAGAGACGUGGACGCGCUGCGAAAGCCGCCGAACCGGUCGAGCCCGAGCCGCAGCCUAAGAGGCGCGGCCGCCCUGCAAAGGCGCCUGUCGAAGAGCCCGCUGCUCCAGUUGAGGAGCCCGAGCCUCGCAGCCGCCGCGGUCGCGCUCGCAAGGAACCUGAGCCGGUCGAGGAGGCGCCCGCCCCAAAGAAGCGCGGCGGACGCCGUCGCAAAAACGACGUUGCCGUCGUAGAAGCCCCUGCCACACCCUCAAAGCGUAGAGGCCGUCAACCGAAGAACGCCGCCCUCGACCUCGGUCGCGUCGCCGGCUCACCGCGCGUCACCAAGCGCUCAUCCCCACGCACCAAGUCCACCACUAAGGUCGCUGCGCCUGCUCCCCGUAUCGAUCCGCGCAUUCGCUCCAAGCUUCGCACCCGCCUUCCACCUGCCCAGAAGGCCACUGCACCCGUGAAGGAGGAGCCGAAGAAGCCCGGCAGACCGGCCAAGAAAGCUGCCGCUGCUGCACCUACCGCGAAGAAGACAGCCGAUCGUAAGACGAAGGGUGGCCGCGUCACCAAAGAUGCUGCCAAGUCGGCUGCUGCCCAGCCGGCCGCGAAGCCGCGCAAGAAACGAGGCUACACACUCAUCGAGGUGCCCGACAAGUAUGCCAAGCGAAUGAAGGAGCUCUUGCAAAACCUCAUCGACGAAGAUGCUCAGCCUGAGGCAGUAGCUGAAGAGGCUAAAGAGGAGGAUGUCGUCAUGGCCGAGAACGAGAGCAUCAAUGGCGAAGAGGUCGAGGUCCUGGAGCAACUCCAGGAGGAGUUAGAUGAAGACGUCGGCGGCGGAGCGCAGGAGCUUCUGACCGAGCAAGCACAAGAGUUGGCUAAGGCUACGGAGGAUAAUCGGGACGACCAGGACGAGAACGACGUAGAGGAGGUCCAAGAUGAGACCGUUGAGGUCGUUCAAGACGUCGAGAUGGAGGUCGAGGUUCAGGGGGAGGCCGAGGACGAAGUCCAGCAAGCUGAGGAGGCUGUUACUGAAGAACUUCAGAUCCAGCAAGAGGUUAUCGAGGAGGUUACUGAGGUUCUUGAGAAGCCGACAGAGGAGCCUGAUUCCCUGUUCGACGACAUUGGGGAUGCUGGCCUCGCUCCUGCUCUCGGUCCGGCCCUCGCACCCAUCGAUGUUCCCAUCGCCCAGAUGCUUCCCACUAUCUCAUCGAGCACCUAGUGCUCGUUUGCUUACCACAUCGGCGGCAUCUCACGCAGCGUAUUCCUUGCGCGUACUCAUCGCCCUGCUGCAAGAUUGUAUAAUACGGACCCUUUCGGUCCAUUAGAGCAUCGGCGUUCAGGCUUUCGACACAUGAUUUACCCUGGCACGCUGGAACUCACGAGGAACAUUUGCGCGGAAUUUACGCUGGCUGGCAACCGCGAAGUUGGAUCUGCUAUCGGCGUUUGGAUGUAUGGAAGGAUCACGCGACCUACCAUCCAUCUUUACCACGAACCGCUCAUGGAAUUAUCCGAGAGCCACAGGUUCCGCUGCUUUCUUUGUGCGUUGCGACUACGCGCGCACUCUCAGCAUGCCGGUUUCUUCAACGGCUUAUGUACAUGAACAACUGGGGCAAAUGGCUUUUCUUAAUGGCGUUUCUAGGCCUUCUUUCCGGCCCUGUCCAUAGCAUUGCACUGUACGAUAAGCAAUGAUGAUUGAGUACAUUCACG